CACAGGGGAGAGGAGGACCACGUACGGCGGUGGAGGAGGAGGAGGAGAAGGAAAGAGGAGAGGAGGAGAGAACGACGAGGACCAUGAACGCCGUGCCCGGCGUCAUCUAGCGUGUUGUUAUCUUGCCCUGCUCGUAAGGCGAAGCGUAAACGGAGCAAGUGGAGUCAGCUGUAAUUAGCAGAGAUGGAGGAAAGAAGCCAGUUUCUUUGUGGUGUGGUGGAAGGGUUCUACGGGAGGCCGUGGUCUAUGGACCAGAGGAGAAUUCUCUUCCAAUGGAUGCAGCACUGGGGUUUGAACACCUACCUGUACGGCCCUAAAGACGACCUCAAACACAGACUGUUAUGGAGGGAGGUGUACUCCCCAGAGGAAGAGGGCCAGCUGAGGACCCUGGUGACUGAGGCGCGGUCGCGGGGUGUGACCUUCGUCUACGCCCUUUCCCCCGGUCAGGACAUCGUCUUCUCCUCCGCCUGCGACCUCACCCUGCUGAAGCGCAAGCUCAAGCAGGUGUCAGACCUGGGUUGCGAGGCGUUUGCCAUCCUGUUCGACGACAUCGACCACUCCAUGUGUCAGGCCGACAGCGAGGCCUUUUCCUCGUUCGCCCACGCUCAGGUGUCCGUAGCCAAUGAGAUCUACCGCUUCCUGGGGGAGCCGUCGGUCUUCCUGUUCUGCCCCACAGAGUACUGCGGGUCCCUCUGCUCCCCCUGUGUGUCCAAAUCCUCCUACCUGCAGACCCUGGGGGCCGACCUGCAGCCCAACAUCUCAGUCAUAUGGACCGGCAGUAAGGUGAUCUCCAGGACCCUGUCGGUGGACUGUCUGGAGGAGGUGGGCUCUGUUCUUCAGCGCCCGCCGCUCAUCUGGGACAACCUGCACGCCAACGACUACGACUCGCGGCGCCUCUUCCUCGGGCCCUUCAAGGGCCGGGAGCCGCAGCUGCGCCGCCACCUCAGGGGCCUCCUGCUGAACCCCAACUGCGAGUUCGAGGCCAACUACAUCCCCCUGCACACCCUGGGGACCUGGCACCGGACCCCCCCCGGGGGAGAGGGGGGAGACGACGAGCCUGAAUACUGUCCCGACAGCGCUCUGUCCGAGGCGCUCCGUGAUUGGAUGGACGAGCUCAACCAGCCCCUGCAGCCAGGCCGUCAGAGCACCACCCCCACCUCCCGCGCCAAGACCCCCGACCGCGCCGACCGCCCCCCCGCCCAGGCCAAGCCCCUCCCCAUGUUCCCGCUGAGCUCCGGCUCCCCCCCCACCUCCCCCGCCAAGGGGGGAGAGAACGGGAGCGAGGGCGAGGCGAAGAGGCCCCCGGGGGAGGGCCUCAAGCACAAGGCCCAGGGCCGGGUGCCCUGCGGCGGGAAGGGCCUGCUAAGCGAGGCCCAGGUCCGGCUGCUGGUGGGCCUCCACUACCUGCCCCACGAGCACGGGCCGGCCGCCCAGCGGCUGCUGCAGGACCUCACCUGGCUCAAGUCCAACUGUCACCUGGUCAGCCUCAACGGGAAGAAGACCGCCCAGCAGAAGGUGGAGGAGUGGCGUGGCCGGGCGUCCCGGCUGAUGGCGCUCUGCGAGGACAUCGCCGAGCUCCACUGCAGCGUGGUGGGCGGGGUCAACCGCGCGGUGCUGUACGACCUCUACCCCUACGUCUGGGACCUGAGGAACACAGCGCUGGUGGCCAAGGCCUUCGUCUGCUGGCUGGACGGCCGGGUUCUGGGGGACAGCUCCACUCUGGGCUCCUGGAAGAACUGCUUCCACUGGUGUGGGACGACGACGGGGGCGGAGCUACUUGGAGUGGAUUCGGAACCGUGGGUGUUCAAGGGCGGGGUCUCGGGGGAAGUGCAGAUGCUCCUUCCAAUAGGGAGCAGCACUGAGCUGUUCACUCACCCUCCUCCUCUCUUCCCCACCUCUCGCCUCUACAACGUCAGGCCCUACCACAGCAAGGACAAGGUGGAGUUAUACCGUAUGGUGCGACAGCUGCACCUCAGAACCCAGGGGGGUAAAGACUCCAACUCAACCCACCCUGAUGUCACCGGCGACAGGUGCCUGGGGGCCUGCCUGGCCCUGUGCCCGGAGUACAGCUUCGUGCUGGAGGACGAGCUCGGCGUGUGCGGCUGCGUCACGGGCGUGCAGGACGUGCGCGCCUUCAUCAAGCGCUGCCACGCCACCUGGAUGCCCGCCAUGAGGGACAAGUACCCGGGCCCCCGGACCGGGCCCUCGGCACUGCCCGCGCACACACAGGACCUGCUCCUGCUGAUGGAGGAGGACCAGGGGGAGUACCCGGACUCCCUGCUCCACCACUUCCCCUCCCAGCUGCGUCUGGACGCCCUGCCUCAGCUGGUGGACGCCAGCGUGAGCCGCACCCUGCUCACCGCCCUGCUGGCCGCCCUCAAGGCCAACGGUUCCCAGGGGGUGUUCUGUGAGGUCCAGCCCACCGACCGCCAGCGGAUGGAGUUCCUCACCAAGCUGGGCUUCCUGGAAAUCCUCCGCGGAGAGGCCCGCAGCCGAGAGGGCGUGGUCCUGGGAAGGCUCCUGUAACACACACACACGCACAGUAACACGCACACACACUGCCACACACACACACACGCACAGUAACACACACACACUGCCACACACACACACACACACACACAAAAAUCGCACUAAAAACAUACAUUGAAAUAAGGACACACUCAAGUAUGCAUGAAUACAGAAAUGUCUCACACACAUACCCGCACACACACUUUAAGGGAUACUCUUUCUUUGUGGGGACUGUGUUAAUCAUCAUGCAGGACUCGAGUGAGUUAAACUUGAGCUGUUGAGACAUCAAUUACUGCAUGGGUUGUGGUUGGCUCAGACGUUGUAGUGCUAGACAGUAAUUCGGUGUUUACAUUCGGUGACCUUUGAACCACCAGUUUACAUGCAUGGACGACAAGAAAAGGGGCGUGUCCCGAGUGGCUGGCCUGUCCUGCAUUCGGUUCAAAAUUAUUUGAUGUAGUUCCCCACGUUUGUGACAUUCAAGUUUUGCUUUCGUUGCGGGGCACUUGAUAUCCUGUGUAUACGCUGUUGUCGUCAGGUAGGCGACCGGUGCGUUUCACCAUCACGGUCAAAUUGGCCAUCAUGCUUAGGUGAGAGACAGGAAAAAAAGAAGGCCAAUGCUAAACAAAGAAAGCAAAAGAAACAAUGUUAGCAAUGUUAUUUGUCAUUCAUAUUAAACUAUGCCCAUUUAUUAUUUAUAUGCGCACCACCGCAAGGGCAAUGAGGGCUUAGGUAUGUGCAUUAUUUCAGACACACCAAAGGGACUAGUCAGUCACAUCUCGGGGCCCUUUCACCAUGAUGGAUGCCAAGUAUGCCAUUGGAUUCGUUGACACGUAUUUUCAGUGCAUUGAAGACCACCAAAAAUGUUCAGCUUCAUGACCUAGUGAGGACAGAUCGACUCGCCGUGUCGACUAUAAAAGAAAGUGUAGGGGAGAUGGCCAUCAGAGGCUUACUGGUGUCAUUCGAUGGAUUGAAGAAGAGCCAAAAUAUGUACUUAAGAUUGUUAUGACAUGCGGGCAAUAAUGACACAUGAGCCAUGUACACACAUAAUCCUAAAAUCAGCAUUUUAUAAAGAUGCCAUUGCAACACACGCAGUGUGUAGGCCAACAGCACUAAAGCCUUGUCUGUGUCUGUCACACACACACACACACACACACACAAAGACGCGCAUAUACACACAUACACAAACACACUUGAUAAAAAAAAUAAGCACAAGCUGUCAUUGAUCAGAUGAGCUGAACUGAAAGUGAAACUAAACUAAAGAAUGUUCAUUUUUUGUAAUUCACCAAUGAAAAAAAACGAUUAAUUGUGUAAUCGAUUGUAUUUGUACUGAUUUCCUUUGAAGAAUUGCCAUUGCUAGAUCAAUCUUGGACAGAAAGCCACUUAAUUAAUAGUUGAUAAUUAAUGACGAAUAUGUCCCUUCUGUCCGCUGUCUGUCUGUCUGUUGAUGUUGUUGUUGUUAGGAAAAAACCAAACACAACCCUAGAGGCAAAUGCAUGUUCUAGUCUUUGUUACAAAACCAGGAUGUUUGUCCACCCAUUGAUAUGUAGACAGUGAUUAUGGCAGUAGAUUUGUUUUAUAAUUGAAGUAGUUAUUUUAGGAAUAGGGGAAAUGUGCUAAAAAAUGAAAACAAACAAAAAUGACAGUAACAAAAUGGGAAACAGAAAGCACUGUGAAAGAAGAAGUCACAGCAAUAUACAUUUUAUGUGAAUAUUCAUAAGAAGACAUGAAUAUUCAUAAGAAUAUCCGAAUAUUGUGAAAUGAAACAAGAAACGGAACUGAAGAUGUCUGUGUUGUGUAUCCAAAACGUUUAGAACAAACUAAACACAUUGUAAUAAAUAUUAAUGACAUGACAUUACUAUAAAAUAAUCUCACACACCCACGAUCCAUCCAAACAGACUCCAUGACACCAGCUUGACCACUUUAAAGGAUUUAUGUUCAGAAAGAUAUCUUGUCAGUUUUCCCCCACACACACACACACUCUGCUUGACGUUAUCGUGUGUUUUGAGUUGUGGUCGAGCUCUAGCUAUAGAACGUUAUGCAGGGUAGGUCAACUGAGGUGAGGCAAUCGAUGUACUGCUGGAUUUAAGCUGUGUUUACAUUUAAAAUGUUGGGGAAACGUUUGACCAUUAAAACAUUUUAUGGAACUGG